CGCCCCACGCCCGCCUGGGUCCCAGCCAGGGUCCCCGUCCCAUCGGUCCGCGUCCCGUCGCCCGCGCUUCCCAGCCAUGAGCUCCACGCAGUUCAACAAGGGACCCUCGUACGGGCUCUCGGCCGAGGUCAAGAACCGGCUCUUGUCCAAGUACAACCCGCAGAAGGAGGCCGAGCUCCGCAGCUGGAUCGAGGGCCUCACGGGCCUUGCCAUUGGCCCCGACUUCCAGAAGGGCCUGAAGGAUGGGGUCAUCCUGUGCACACUCAUGAAUAAGCUGCAGCCGGGCUCGGUCCCCAAAAUCAACCGCUCCAUGCAGAACUGGCACCAGCUAGAAAACCUGUCCAACUUCAUCAAGGCCAUGGUCAGCUAUGGCAUGAACCCCGUGGACCUGUUCGAGGCCAAUGACCUGUUUGAGAGCGGGAAUAUGACACAGGUCCAGGUGUCUCUGCUUGCGUUGGCAGGAAAGGCCAAGACGAAGGGGCUGCAGAGCGGCGUGGACAUCGGGGUGAAGUACUCGGAAAAGCAGGAACGGAAUUUUGACGACGCCACCAUGAAGGCUGGCCAGUGUGUCAUCGGGCUGCAGAUGGGCACCAACAAGUGCGCCAGCCAGUCGGGCAUGACGGCCUACGGCACCCGGCGCCACCUCUACGACCCCAAGAACCACAUCCUGCCACCCAUGGACCACUCCACCAUCAGCCUGCAGAUGGGCACCAACAAGUGUGCCAGCCAGGUGGGCAUGACGGCUCCGGGGACCCGGCGGCACAUCUAUGACACCAAGCUGGGGACGGACAAAUGUGACAACUCCUCCAUGUCCCUGCAGAUGGGGUACACACAGGGUGCCAACCAAAGUGGCCAGGUGUUCGGCCUCGGCCGCCAGAUCUACGACCCCAAGUAUUGCCCUCAGGGCCCAGUGGCCGAUGGGGUCCCCUCCGGGACUGGCGACGGCCCAGGGGAUGCCUCGGAGUAUCCGCCCUACUACCAGGAGGAGGCCGGCUGUUGAGGCGGUGUGCUGACCCCCACAUCGUCCCUCCAUCCUGGUCUUUGGUUUUUCUGUGUUUCCUUCUUUUCUUUUUAACAUAUUGAUUGGUGCAGGGUGGGGUGGGGUGGGGUCUCUGGGGGCUCUUCUCCCCCAUUUUUUUGUUUUUUGAGACAGGGUCUCACUAUGUGUCUUAGGCUGGAACAAACUCAUUAUAUAGCACAGGCUGGCCUCCAGUUUGCAACGACCCUCCUGCCUCAGCCUCCCUAGUGGGAGCCUCCCACGCCUGGCUCCCCCAUCCUGUUUCUGUACCUUUGCAGGACUGAGCCACUGGGUGGGGAAGGAGUUGGCCAUAUUGGGGUGCAGUGGGGUGGAGGGGUCUCCCACCCCAGAUUUCCCAGCAGGCCUUGGGCAGAGCUAUAUAGGUGAGAGACAGGACCAGCCAGGGGAACCUGGCCCCAAAUGGUUUCCGGUUUCCUCUUCCCCAUGAGCUUGUGGUUUCUGUACCCACAAAGGUUUCAGGCUGUUUUAAGGAAAGAAAACAGCUUUCUUUCUUUUUUUUCUUUUUUUCUUUCUUGCAAGGGGGUGGGUGUGGGGAUGGUGAGGGGAUGGUACGAUAUGGGUCCUUUGGGAAGGGGCUGCACCACAGCCCUACAAUGUAGGAGCCUCGAGGAGCCCCGGAUGGCCUACCCUGCCCCUGCCCUGGGUGGGGCGGCUGAGAGGGUGGAACAAUAAAGUCUAGAGCAGCUGGGGCCCAGGCAGCCCCCGGCCCUCGGGACUGAUCCUGCCCUGUCCCGCUCGGGCCGGACCAGCUGUACUCACCCCUCUGCUCACUGCCCUGCCAAGUACUGGACAUGGACCCCCAGCCAGGGGCCCCUGGACUAUGAGAUAAUGUGAAGUGCAAGUGUGGACCAAAGCAAUAAAAAAACCUCCAUUUUUAAGAA